AUGGCAGCUGAAAAGGCAAAGAACGUAGCUAAAGAUGUGGUCAAUCAACCACUCACACCUAAUUUUACAGGUAAAGACUACUCGUCUUUCUUCCUGGCAGGAGCGUUAUGCUGCACUUUAUCUCACGGAGCUAUGACUCCAAUCGACGUAGUGAAAACUCGUAUACAAAUCGAUCCUGCAAUGAAGGGAAUGUCCCUGAUUUCGGGUGGACGGAGUGUGGUGGCUAAGGAAGGUCUCGCAGGGCUCUUAACUGGCUUCGGUCCCACUGCCGUGGGCUAUUUGGGUCAGGGAGGGAUCAAAUUCGGAGGCUACGAAGCUGCUAAAAAAUACCUAGUAGAACUUUCUGGGAGUCGAGAGAACGCCAUCAAGAACAGAACAGCUAUCUACCUUGGGGGAGCAGCUAUAGCCGAGUUCUUCGCCGACAUCUUCUUGACGCCCCUCGAAGCCACCCGAAUCCGGCUUGUGUCAGAUCCCAAGUACGCCAACGGUCUUGUAUCCGGAUUGACCAAGAUUGCUACUACCGAAGGAGUUUCAAGUUUGUAUGCGGGUUUUAUCCCGAUCUUGCUUAAGCAAGUCCCAUAUGCUAUUGGACAAUUCACCGUGAAUGAAAGGUGCACCGAGUUCAUAUACAACCGAAUGACCCCGGACACCAAGGAGAACCUUUCUUCCACAUCCAAAUUCGGUAUAACGCUUGGUUCAGGUAUCGUGGCAGGUUUUGCAGCUGCUGUUCUCUCUCACCCCGCCGAUACACUUCUAUCCCAAAUCAAUAAAGGACAUGGUCCCAAGGGUUCAAUGGUCUAUAGAUUAGUGGCCCUGGGUAAAGAAGCGGGAGUUACCGGUCUGUUCGCUGGUCUUGGCCCAAGAAUGGUCAUGACUGCUGGGCUCGUAAGUAGUCAAUUCAUCCUCUAUGGUAUGAUCAAAGAUGCUCUGGGAGCAAGAUCCGGCAUCGAAAUUCACAAGGAAGAAGCGGCGUGA